UAAAUUCAGCUACAGUCAUAGGGUGGAUAGCUGUAGGUUGGUACACUCUUUUUAGGUGGGGAGAGAUGGUCGAAAGCCAUUAUUGGAGAUAAUCAUAAAUGACUGACCAUUCAGCACCGUCUACGAGUGCGUCAAGAGGGUAUUUUUGUGGAGCAGCGCUUGUUGUAAUGACCUUUACGUUAAUAUAUGGAGGAUGGGAAGACUGCUUCAGCUACUGAUAUUGGCUUUGAUUCUAUUGAUCUGCAUUUAUCUUUUAUUUGUAUGUCAAUUCAACCAGUGCCUGCUGAAUGUGUCACCAUCCAAUCAUCUCAAAUACAACCACACUAGCUUCACAAGUUGUAGUGGAAUCACCAACAGGACAUUUACACCAACCAAUGACUCCUUAAUAAGUAAAGAGGAAUGGGAAUCUCUGCUCACAGAGCUACAAUGGUCAUUACCGCCUGUUGUCCCCUUAUCCACAGAUGAGGCCACAAACCCCACUAAGUGCUCAUUCUCUGUUGUCAACCCCAAUUCAAACCACACAGUUGGAGGGUUUAUAGAUGUGAUUUUGAUAGCUAGAGAUACUAAAAACAGGAUCAAAACCUAUGGAGGGGACUUUUUUCAGGCCAAGUUGUUUAACUCAGAACUUAAGGCCAGUACUUAUGGAGCUGUAACAGACCACUUUAAUGGCACCUACACUGCCCGUCUGGCCCUGCAUUGGCCCGGACCUGCCAAGGUGUCCAUCCGCCUAGUGCACUCUAGCGAGGCCGUGCAGGUACUGUGUAGGCAAAGGGAACAAGACCCAGAUAAGGUCUACUUCAAAGGCUACUUUGAGGAGGGUGGCAAGCAGGAAACGGCGAUUUGCAAUGCCCAGAGAAGUCCUAGGCUGGUGGGGAACGAGUCACAGUGUUGCUGUGAGUACAGAGAGCCAGUCACUGGGGAGACCUGGUUCUGUCGGCGGCCAUCUUCCCUGCCUUGCCAUGCUUUGACCUAUCACAGCAUGGGCGGUUACCAGGCAGUACUCUCCAAGGUGGAGAUGACCCUUCUAAAGAGUUCCACAAACAUUAUUGUACCAGGUAACGAUUCAGCUAUCGAUGUCCAGCAACAGGACACUGAAAUCCGAUCACAAACAAAAUGUCGUCCUGGUUUGCACACCUCAGUACCAGCUGGAUUCUACUUCCAGGAUCACUGGACGUCCCUGGUGUGUGACUCAAAAUCCUUUCCCUCAGCUAAACUGAUAUCUGGAUGCUUGAAGGACAAACAGAUCCUUAUGAUGGGUGACUCCACUCUCCGUCAGUGGUUCGACUACCUGGAGAAAACUGUGCCAACAUUGAUACGCCUGAACCUUCACACAUCAAGCAAAUCGGGCCCCUUUGAGGCAGUCGACACCCAGUCCAACACCCGUAUCAUCUGGCGGGCCCAUGGGAUCCCUAUACGGACAAGCAAGACCCCCUGGGCUGACCUUCACUACAUCGCCAGGGAGUUGGAGGAUAUGGCAGGGGGUGCACACUCUGUAGUCGUCUUCACCAUCUGGGCUCAUUUCACCACGUACCCACUGGCUAUGUACGCACACCGUCUGGUCGUCAUCCGUAGGGCUGUGGCGUCGCUCCUUAGCCGAUCUCCCACUACUCUGGUAGUGAUCAAGUCAGCUAACACGGGCUACAAGGAUGUGUAUGGCAGCGACUGGCUCUCCUGGCAGCUCGACAUGGCACUCAGGGACAUUUUCAGGGACUUGCCCGUGGUCCUCAUCGACGUUUGGCAGAUGACCUCCUGCCACUAUUCUCCGGACAACAUUCACCCGCCCUCUGUGGUGAUCCAAAAUGAAGUGGAUCUCUUCCUGUCCUUUGUUUGUCCACAGUCAAAAAUGUUGUAGUCAUGCCUGUAAAAACAUUGUGCCUUACUGUAUACAAAAUGCUGUCUCCAAAAGGAUUCUACAGUAUAUUGGAAAAGGGAUUGUAAUGUUAGGAAGAUAAUUCCUUUAAAAACUGUUUGCCUUUUUCAAAAUGAAUGUAAAGCUUUUCUAACUGGCCUUAUUUUAAAAUAAAAACUACUUUAACUAUGAACACUCGCCAAAACUAUGGCAAACCACAGAGCUCAAUGUUUUCUUUACAACCAAAAUCCCCUCAACCUUUAUCAUUUCUGUUUCUCACACAUUUCUGAGAAUAGCAUAACUAUUAAUAUCCACAGAGAAUCGAUUCAAGAGAAGCGCUGAUACCCAGUGCUCCUGGUUUGA